CCGGAAAAGUUUCUCUCUCUAUCUCUCUACCCCCCACAAAGCCACCCACCUCACCUCGCCAGCGUUUUCAAGCUCUGAUUCUGCCGACAACGGAGCAAACAUGGCUAAGUUCUUGAUCUCUUCCCUUCUCCUCUUCUCAGCCAUUGCCUCCACCAUUGCAGAUUCCGGUAUGGUCGGUAUAAAUUAUGGCCGGAUUGCGGAUAAUCUUCCGACGCCCGACAAGGUGGUGGAGCUUCUGAAAAAACAAGGCAUCGACCGAGUCAAGCUCUACGAUUCCGACAAGAGUGUAUUAACGGCGCUCGCAAAUUCCGGCAUCAAAGUCGUCGUUGCUCUUCCCAACGAGCUCCUCUCCUCCGCCGCCGCCGACCAGUCCUUUUCCGACAACUGGGUCGAAGCCAACAUCACGGAAUAUUAUCCAGCGACGCAGAUCGAAGCCAUCGCCGUCGGUAACGAGGUCUUCGUCGAUCCUAACAACACGACGGAGUAUCUCGUCCAGGCCAUGAAGAACGUCCACAGCUCUCUGAUGAAGUACAAUCUCGACCGUUCGAUCAAGAUCUCAUCGCCCAUAGCUCUCAGCUCGCUGGCAAGCUCGUACCCACCUUCGGCCGGUUCGUUUAAACCGGAAUUGGUCGAACCGGUUAUCAAACCGAUGCUCGACCUCUUCCGACAAACGUCGUCGUAUCUGAUGGUGAAUGCUUACCCAUUCUUCGCAUACACAGCGAACGCCGACAAGAUCUCGUUAGAUUACGCAUUGUUCAAGGAGAAUCCCGGAACUGUAGAUUCCGGUAAUGGGUUGAAGUAUAACAGCCUCUUCGAAGCCCAAGUUGACGCCGUUUACGCCGCCAUGUCAGCGAUAGGAUACGACGACGUUACGUUAACGGUAACGGAGACUGGAUGGCCGUCUGCGGGAGACGAGAACGAGAUCGGAGCCGGUGCGGCCAACGCGGCGGCGUACAACGGUAAUCUGAUCAAGAGGGUGUUAACGGGAAAUGGGACGCCGUUAAGGCCGAAGGAUCCACUUAACGUCUACUUGUUCGCUUUGUUUAACGAGAACCAGAAACCGGGUCCCACGUCGGAGAGAAACUACGGGCUGUUUUACCCGAACGAGGAGAAAGUGUAUGACGUUCCGUUGGGGAUGGCGGGAGGGAGGUCAACGCCGGUCAACGAGAGCAAGGCGCAGGUUCCGACUGCGGCGCGUGGAGGCCAAGCGCGGACGUGGUGCGUGGCGAACGGGGAGUCGGAGGAGGAGAAGUUGCAGAAGGCGCUUGAUUACGCUUGUGGAGAAGGAGGGGCUGACUGCCGUCCGAUUCAGCCAGGUGCCACGUGUUACGAUCCUAACACGUUAGAGGCCCACGCUUCAUACGCUUUCAACAGUUACUACCACAAGAAUGCACGUGGGACCGGCACGUGUGAUUUUGGUGGUGUGGCGUACGUGGUCACCCAACCGCCGAGGUUUGGAAAAUGCGAAUUUCCGACAGGCCAUUGAGUCGGAUAAGGAGGAAUCCGGAGAAUUCUACUGGCAUUUAUUUUUAUUUUUUUCUCGGGUAGAUACGUGUCUAUUAGGUGUUAUAUAUGAGUAUAUAUAUAUUAUAUGUUAUGAUUAUAAUAUUAUAUGUAUUGCCGUAUUUAUUU